AUGUCUGAGCACGCGCCUGCCAUUAAUGCGUCGGAACAUUCUCUUGGACUCGUUUUGCCUUCAUUUGACGUUUCUAACCCACGUGUUUGGUUUGUUCAAGUGGAAGCUGUUUUCCGUUUUCGUAGGAUUACAUCCCAGUCCACAAUGUUUUCAUAUGUGACUGCUCACUUACCGUCCAACAUCGCCUCUGAGGUCAUCGACAUUCUUGACCCUAUGCCCCUAGAGUCCCCCUAUGAUAAACUUAAGGCAGCCAUAUUAAAGCGCACUACAGCCUCAGACGAAUCACGCCUUCAGCAGUUACUCUCUGGUGUAGAACUUGGAGAUAGAACGCCAUCUCAGUUACUCCGACACAUGCGUUCCCUCGUCGGUUCUUCCGCACUGGAUGAUUCCGUUCUCCGCCAAUUGUGGAGUAAUUGUCUUCCUGCGAAUACCACGGCUAUUUUAGCUGUGCUUGCCGACGAUCUUCCGCUAGACAAACUGGCAGAAGCUGCCGAUAAGGUUCACGAACGCUUCAUUAGAACGUCGGUAUCACACGUCACAGAGACUAGCUCAGGCAGCCCCUCCAGAACCACGCUACUUGAUACAAUCAGCGAGAGGCUUUCUAACUUAGAGCUCACCUUGUCCCAUCUCAGACGCGACCGCGUUCCUUCGCGACGAUCCGUUUCUCGAUCCAGACGGUCUAGCAGCUCUCGUACACGGAAGUCUCACCGUUAUUGUUAUUAUCACCACCGCUUCGGAGACGCAGCGCAAGUCAGCGUUCUCCCCCGUUCUCUGGAAAAACGCCCCCUGCAACCAGCGGGUCCAAUGCUUACGGCAGCUAAUCAGACUAAAAUCGCGACCUACGGCCAGAAAUUACUUACUUUGAGUCUCGGAUUACGGCGUAACUUCCCUUUCCUUUUUACCAUCGCCGAUGUGCAAAAGCCCAUUAUCGGAAUCGACUUCCUCAGCAAGUUCGGUCUUGUGGUCGACCUACGUUGUGGGAAAUUGCGAGACGAUACUACGUCUUUAAGCAUACCCUGCAAACUUGCCUCAGUCAAUUCUCUCGGGCUUCGCAUCCUCAUCCCUGACGACUCACAGUAUUCUUCAUUGCUCCGACAAUUUCCGUCCCUAAUUCGAGCAAGUAACGACACUUCCGAUCCUAAACACGAUGUACGCCAUCACAUCGUUACAACCGGUCCGCCUGUAACUGCUAAAGCUCGACGCUUGCGUCCUGACAAACUCCAGGCAGCUAAAAAGGAAUUCCAACACAUGCUUGAUCUCGGCAUUAUUCGUCCUUCAAACAGCUGCUGGGCAUCACCUCUCCAUCUGGUGUCUAAAAAGUCAGGCGAUUGGCGACCAUGCGGUGACUACCGUGCUCUUAACAACGUCACUGUUCCGGAUAGGUAUCCUAUCCCACAUAUCCACGAUUUCUCCCUUGGACUAGCUGGAAAGUCAAUCUUUACCAAACUCGAUCUUGUCAGAGCUUACCAUCAAAUUCCAAUGGCGGAGGAAGACAUCGCAAAAACUGCCGUGAUCACUCCAUUCGGCCUUUACGAAUUUCUUCGUAUGCCUUUCGGCCUCCGGAACGCAGCACAGUCUUUCCAACGCUUUAUGGAUCAGGUCCUCCGUGGCCUUGAUUUCGUCUACGUUUACAUUGACGAUGUCUUGAUCGCAAGCGCCACACCCGACGAGCAUUUAUCACACCUGAGAAUGGUUUUCGAACGCUUUGAAAACCACGGGAUAAACAUCAACCCGGACAAAUGCAAAUUUGGUCAGCCAACCGUCGAAUUUCUCGGUCACAAGAUCGAUGGUGAAGGUAUUAAACCCCUCCCGGGUAAAUCUCAAGCAAUCCUCGACUACCUGAUGCCACACUCUGUCCGAAGCCUUCGCCGAUUCCUCGGUAUGAUCAACUACUACGGCAGAUUCAUUCCCAACUGUGCUGAUUUACUUCACCCGCUUACCGACUUAUUGAAAGGAAACUCAAAGACGUUUACGAUAACCCCAGAAGUUGAAGCCGCUUUCACGGCCGUCAAGCAGAAGUUCAGUGAGGUCACCUCUCUCCAUCACUUGAACACCACUGAGGACGCUACACUUGUCCUUAAGACGGAUGCUUCAAGUUCUGCUGUCGGUGCAGUUUUGCAACAGUUAGUUGAUAACGAAUUUCAACCACUGUCUUUUUUCUCACGGAAGCUUCAACCUGCUCAGGUCAGAUACAGCACCUUUGGUCGUGAACUGCUCGCCAUGUACUUGGCUGUGAAACAUUUCCGUCACCUUUUAGAAGGACGUCGUUUCAUUCUCUUGACAGAUCACAAGCCACUGGUGUAUGCCUUCCGUUCUUCCUCAGACCGUUACUCACCCCGAGAAACGCGUCAUCUGGACUAUCUUUCACAGUUUUGUGUUGAUGUUCGUUAUAUCGACGGUCCUAACAACGUUGUUGCCGAUGCAUUGUCCCGCGCUCAUGUGAAUCAACUGUCAUCGACGCCCAUCGACUUGGAGAGAAUAGCGGCUGCUCAAAACGAUGAUCCUGAGCUCGUUCAACUUCAUUCAAAGUCCUCAUUGAAAGUCACCCAACUGCCCGUACUUAACUCUGACAUAAGAGUUUACUGUGAUCUUUCAACCGGUACAUUUUCACUCCCUGACGCUCGUUUUAGACACGUGCACAUAGAUAUUGUUGGCCCUUUACCUCCUUCCAACGGUUUCACUCAUCUUCUAACAUGUGUUGACCGUUUUACCCGUUGGCCACAAGCUGUUCCCUUACGUGAUACCUCUACCGAAUCUGUAUCCCGUGCUUUUGUCGAAUCUUGGAUUUCGCUGUUUGGUGUUCCAUCCACCAUCACUACCGACAGAGGGGCUCAGUUCAGUUCCACACUGUUCCGCGAUCUGAGUCGUUUAUUAGGCUGUACUCACAUGAGAACAACCGCGUACCACCCCGCUGCCAAUGGCCUCGUCGAGCGCUUUCAUCGACAAUUAAAAGCUGCCAUCAUGGCUACUUCGUCCGACUCACGCUGGUCUGAGCGUCUACCUGCGAUCCUCCUUGGUAUACGCAAUACAAUCAAAGAGGACAUUGGGUGCUGCCUUGCAGAACUCGUGUUCGGGACGACCCUCAGACUACCUGGGGAGAUGGUACUGGACUCUCGCACCACCGGCGAACUAGACCCCUUCUCGUAUGCUGAACGCCUCAAGCAGCAUUUUCGAUCCAUCCGACCAACGUCUACGCGGCCUAACCUAUGUAAACAGCAAGUCCACCCCGAUUUGCACAAGUGUCCGUUGGUUUUCAUCCGCGUCUACGCCGUCCGAAGACCUUUAACUCCGCCCUAUGACAGCCCGUACCAGGUUUUGUCACGAAAACCGAAGUAUUUCGUGUUGAAUAAGAAUGGAUCAAAGGAAUCCGUGAGCAUCGACCGACUCAAACCAGCUUACGUCGAAACUACAGUCGAUAGUAAAGACCCCGUUUCCUCUUCUCAGCAUACCCCCACCCCUGACUCAUUACCCCCUACCCAACGACACACUGACGCCAGUACAUUGAGUCCUCCGUGCCCUACGACUACACGCAGCUCCAAACACACACGUUCGCCUUUUAGAGGACUUUCUCUGAUGUAA